GUGGUUGACCAGAUUGACACACUUACAUCUGACCUGCAGCUGGAGGAUGAGAUGACAGACAGUUCCAAAACGGACACACUCAACAGCAGCUCCAGCAGCACAACGGCUUCCAGCUUGGAGAAAGUCAAGGUGCGGGGCAGUGCACCGCUCAUCAAGACGCCCGCGCACCCCUCCGCUAUCCUCACCGUGCUGCGGAAGCCCAAUCCGCCCCCGCCUCCACCGCGACUGACGCCUGUCAAGUGCGACGAGCCACCGAGGCUGCCUCCUUCAGCCAACCCUCUCAAGACUAAUGGUACUCUGCUGCGAAAUGGGGGCUUGCCAGUCGGGCCCAACCGCAUCCCAAACGGAGAUAUAUGCUGUAUACCGAACAGUAAUUUGGAGAAAGUUGCGAUGCAGCCUCUGAUGCACAGACCUGAGAAAGAGCGGUGUCCUCAGCCGGGAGCAAGGGAACGGGUACGAUUUAGUGAAAAAGUGCAGUACCACGGCUAUUGUCCCGACUGCGAUGUUCGGUAUAACAUUAAAAACAGGGAGGUGCACUUGCACAGUGAACCUGCUCGUGCUGUGGGAAAGCUGCCACACCAAUGCCCUCCUCUGCCACCCCCUCCACCUCCGCUGCCUCCAUUUCCUCUGGAAAAUGGGGGAGUGGGGAUAAGUCCCAGUAAUAGCUUUCCUCCUCCAAGACCUGCGACUGUGCCUCCACAAUCCGCACCAAAACCCCAGAAGACCAUCUUGAGGAAAUCAACCACCACAACAGUGUGA